AUGUCGGCCCUUGAUACCCCGCCCGCCAAUGAAGGUGUGGCUAAGCCGUACGACCAAUUUAUCCUCUUCGGCGACUCCAUCACCCAGAUGUCCUAUAACCAGGAAAUUGGGUUUGGAUUCGGGGCUCAGCUACAAGAAGUUUACGCCCGCAAGCUGGAUGUCAUCAACCGUGGCUUUUCAGGAUAUACUACGGCGCAUGCCAUCAAGAUUUUCCAUCAAUUCUUUCCUUCGCCCCAGACUACCAACGUUCGAUUGAUGACUAUCUUCUUUGGUGCAAACGAUGCAUGUGUUCCCGGUCAUAAUCAACAUGUCCCGUUGGAAACCUACAAGGAGAACCUGAAGAAGAUCAUCCAACACCCCGCUACGCGAGCUCAAAACCCUCGCAUUAUCAUCAUCACCAUUCCACCCGUCAAUGAGUACCAACUUGAGAAAUUCGAUAAUGAUAAGGACACGCCACACCCUAGUCGAACGGCUAGCCUUGCCAAAACAUAUGCGACGGCGGCCCGUGAAGUUGGGGCCUCACUGAAUGUCCCUGUGGCAGAUGUCUGGUCUGCAUUCAUGGCUACUACUGGCUGGAAAGAGGGCCAACCGUUAGCUGGAUCUCGGGAUCUACCUAACAGUGAAGAAUUUAGCGGCCUAUUCACCGACGAAGGCGGAGACAAGAACAGUGGUUUCAAACUUUUGCAACGCCAAUGUCUGCAUCUCACUUCUGCAGGCUACCGAAUUGUCUUCGACGAAGUGAUCAAGACAAUUCAAGCCAAUUGGCCCGAUCAAGACCCUGAGACUCUUCCUAUGCUCUUCCCUCCUUGGUCUGAAGCCCCGAAAUGA